AAAAAAAUUUAAAUGAAUCUAUUGAUAUUUGGGAAUUUUAUGCUGGACCUUUUCGAGUUAUAGUUCCUUGCCACGCGAAAUAUGUUGAUAAAAUUUAUAUGUCAUAUAAUAAGUCAAAAAGUUUAUCUAAGGAAUCAAAGUUUUUUAAACGUAACAUUGCUGCUCAUGAUGAAUUUGGAAUACUAAAUGGAACAAUAUUUAAUAAUGAUUUACAUAAAUGGAAACGAAGUCGACAAUUUGUCACUAAAGUUUUAAUGUCAAAAAAAUAUCAUAUUGAAGUUAUAAAUAGUGGUCAAAAGAUAUUUAAAGAAUUUGAAGAGCAAUGGGAUAAAAAUGAUGUUACAACCUUAGAUUUUUCCAAAUGGAUAGCUUUAUAUAAAGCAAAAGUAACAAUGACUACUAUUAUUGGACAACCAUUAUAUAAUUUGCCAAUUGAUUCAAUUUCCAAAGCUGCUGCUGAAUACGUUGCAAUGUUUGCUUUCUUAGUCUUUAUACCAAAAAUUAUUAGCAGUAUUUUUAUGCGCUUUGGUUUUAAUGAUAUGAAAAAGAAAUCUGUUUUCUUGAAUGGUACAAUCAGUAAUAUUAUUAAGAAACGUAGGGAUGAGAUUAAAAAUGGAUCGACAACAAAUUUUAAUUUAUUAGAUCUAUUGUUAGUUAUUAAUUCAUCAAAUAAUUGUGAAAAUAAUUCUGAAGAACAUAUUAUUGAGGGCGAACAACCUAUGAAUAAUGAAGAAAUUGAAGCCAAUCUUGCUGAAAUCACUGCUGUUUCUAUUGAAACGACCGUCACUGCUUUUUCUUUUCUUGUUUAUAAUAUUGUUAAAAAUCCUUUAAUUCUUGAAAAACUUUGUGCAGAAAUCUUUAAAGUAUUUGGCUCAGAUACAAGCUUAAUAAUUACCUACGAAGCUCUUGAAAGUUGUCGUUAUUUAGAUGCUUUGAUCAAAGAAAUGUUACGUCAUUUUAAUCCGGCACCACUUAAUUUACGUGUGCUUGACGGUUAUGAAAGUACAGGAGACUAUAAAUGGUCACCUGGAACAUGGUUCUUUGUUGAUAAUCACCGAAUAAUGAAUAAUCCUAAAUAUUGGAAUGAACCAUUGAAGUUUAAUCCUGAUCGAUUUCUCAGUGAAGAACAUGGAGGCACCGGCGAAUUUAGCAAUAUGU